GCCGCCCAGGAUCUUUUGAACCAGAUCCAGAUUCUUGCCAGCCCUCCAACCAAUGGACGCAAUUUCCUAGUCACUGAUGUUUACGGCCGGGGAACCCACACACCGGCUGGUGAGGCGUGGAAGCAGUCGAUAUUUGACGGACUCAGCGCGUUCCACAAAGGCACGGGAGUCCCUCAGCCGUUGAACGUGGCGUUCGGUGACUUUUCGCGUAUUUGGGAUGGUGUGCUGGGCUCAGAUCCUGGCUAUGAGGCCUUCGGGUACACCAGCACUGAUUCCUGUGCUGGAGACACAACAGAGGACUCGUGCUCAGACCCCAAGCAUUAUUUCUAUUGGAUUUCCGGACAUCCCUCUAAUGAGACCAUGCGCAUCAUGGCUGACUACGUUGAAGAAGUGUUUGUUGGUUGUCACCUGGUUGAUUGA